GCUGCUGAACAACGAGGGCUCCUUGCUUGCCUACUCUGGCUAUGGGGACACUGAUGCCAGGGUCACUGCAGCCAUCGCCAGCAACAUCUGGGUGGCCUACGACAAAAACGGGCACCAGGCCUUCAAUGAGGACAACCUGAAAUUCAUCCUCAUGGACUGCAUGGAGGGGCGAGUGGCCAUCACACGGGUGGCAAACCUGCUGCUCUGCAUGUACGCCAAGGAGACGGUCGGGUUUGGGAUGCUGAAAGCCAAGGCACAGGCACUGGUCCAGUACCUGGAGGAGCCACUCACACAGGUGGCUGCAUCGUGAGCAGGCAGUGGAGGCCCUGACAGCAUCACCAUCACCACUGUGGGUUGGGCAUGAGUGGCCCCACGGGCAUCACAGAGCUUCAGUGUGGUCUGAAAAAUAAUGUGACAGGAAUCCAGAAUCUGGGGUGAAUAAAGUGUGUUUGAUGCUUGUGU